UAUGGACAUCCAUCGGUGGGUGAGCUCUGUUCACACCUCCGGUCUGAGCCUACUUUGCCUGCCUUAGCUUUUCCCUAGAUGUACAAGUGCCAGAGAUAUAAGUGGCAGCCUCCAACCGGCCUCCGCGCUUCCAGCCAAUGCUCCAGCUUUCUCCACCCUUCUCCCCUCCUCCCUGACCUUUGCCCUCCCGGCAGCAUCUGGACAGUCACCAGCCAGAAGCCACAGUCUCANCAUGGUUCCGCAGGCGCAUGGGCUGCUGCUUCUCUGCUUUCUGCUCCAGCUUCAGGGACCCCUAGGGACUGCAGUUUUCAUAACCCAGGAGGAAGCACACGGUGUCCUACACAGGCAAAGGCGUGCCAACUCNCUCCUGGAGGAGCUUUGGCCCGGCUCUCUGGAGAGAGAGUGCAAUGAGGAGCAGUGCUCCUUUGAGGAGGCCCGGGAGAUCUUCAAGANCCCUGAGAGGACCAAGCAGUUCUGGAUUGUUUACAGUGAUGGGGACCAGUGUGCCUCGAAUCCAUGUCAGAACGGAGGUACCUGCCAGGAUCAUCUCAAGUCUUACGUCUGCUUCUGCCUCCUAGACUUUGAGGGUCGGAACUGUGAGAAAAAUGGAAGCCCCAAGUUCCUCUGUCCUGAGGCCUCUCACUGUCCCCAGCAGGAGCCAUGGCAGCAGCCAACUGCUUCUCAUCCUACAGUCACCUUCGCCUCUGCACCCUGCUCUCUCUGACUUCUGUUUCAUACAGUUGAGUACCCGUGUGGGAGAAUACCUGUUGUAGAAAAAAGAAACUCCAGCAGCCGCCAAGGCCGCAUCGUGGGAGGCAAUGUGUGCCCCAAAGGGGAGUGUCCAUGGCAGGCUGUGCUGAAAAUCAAUGGGUUAUUGCUGUGUGGGGCCGUCCUGCUGGACGCCAGAUGGAUAGUGACCGCAGCCCACUGCUUCGAUAAUAUCCGCUACUGGGGAAACAUCACAGUGGUGAUGGGUGAACAUGACUUCAGUGAGAAGGAUGGGGAUGAACAAGUACGACGGGUGAUACAGGUCAUCAUGCCCGACAAGUACAUCCGCGGCAAGAUCAACCAUGACAUUGCCCUGCUCCGCCUUCACCGGCCUGUGACCUUCACUGACUACGUGGUGCCUCUGUGUCUACCUGAAAAGUCCUUCUCCGAGAACACCCUAGCCAGAAUCCGCUUCUCGAGGGUCAGUGGCUGGGGCCAGCUACUGGACCGUGGUGCCACAGCCCUGGAACUCAUGUCCAUCGAGGUGCCCCGGCUGAUGACCCAGGACUGUCUGGAGCAUGCCAAGCACAGCUCUAACACCCCCAAAAUCACAGAGAACAUGUUCUGUGCUGGCUACAUGGACGGUACCAAGGACGCCUGCAAGGGUGACAGCGGUGGCCCACAUGCCACGCACUACCAUGGCACAUGGUAUCUGACAGGUGUGGUCAGCUGGGGGGAGGGCUGUGCAGCUAUUGGUCACAUUGGGGUGUACACCAGGGUCUCCCAGUACAUAGACUGGCUGGUCAGACACAUGGACUCCAAGCUCCAGGUUGGGGUUUUCCGACUCCCACUACUGUAGCUCCUUGGAUAGCCCAACCCGUCCCAAGAAGGAAGCUACGGCCUGUGAAGCUGUUCUAUGGACUUCCCUGCUAUUCUUUGUGUAAGGGAAGAGAAUGAGAUAAAGAGAGUGAAGAAAGCAGAGGGGGAGGUAAAUGAGAGAGGCUGGGAGAGGGGAAACAGAAAGCAGGGCCGGGGGAAGAGUCUAAGUUAGUGACUCACAAAGUCACUCAGAGGGGCUGGGCAGUGCAGUCACAGUCAGGCAGCUGAGGGGCAGGGUGUCCCUGAGGGAGGUGAGGCUCAGGCCUUGCUCCUGUCUCCCCGUAGCUGCCUCCUGUCUGCAUGCAUUCGGUCUGCAGUACUACACAGUAGGUAUGCACAUGAGCACAUAAGACACGUGAAUGUGCCAAGUGCAUGUGCGUGCGUGUGUGUCCAUCAUUGGCACUGUUGCUCACUUGUGCUUCNUGUAAGCACCCUGUCUUUGUUUCAAUUAAAUGAGAAACAUGGUCUCCA